CCCUUACCUUCGCUUUUAUUAACAUUCCUACUAUUCCACAGUUCUGUUUUGCCUUUAUUUAGCAUUCUUUCUCAUCCUUAUGUCCAUACUCUUUUCUUUCCUUUCCUUCCAUUUAUUUAGCAUUCCUCCUAUUCCAGUGCCUUGCCUCUCUCCUGUCCCUGGCAACCGUUGUGAGUUAUGCUGGGUUGCCUGGGAGCGGCGCGGUGCAGACGUGGUGGCUCCCAGCACAGGAACUUCACAAACGGCCAGACCUGUUCAGUACCCGACCGAUUGGAGAAGAAGGAGGGUGGUGUUGCAACGUUCGCCAGUUACUCGUCACAUUCGGCCAGCAGCACAUACCUAGCAGCUGUACUGACCCUGUGAGUGCUAGUUAAGCGCCCCCCUCUGCCUAUAUACCUGGAAAACACGGCCAGGGAAGGUUGAAAAAGGGUAGAAGAAAAGUGAUAUAGUGAUAGUUCUUGUUGUGUCAUUGUUGUGCCUCUGAUUGUGUUCUUUUCGUGUGUGUGUGUGUGGCAGUAUUGUGUUGUGUUGGAUUACUUAAGUGUUGCAAGCUGUUUUGAGAUCUGUGGGUGAGUGCAGUCUUGAGACGGCAGAAGGCCACCCAACCCUCCGGACCCAGUGGGAACUGAUUGUCACUAGUGCGGGAUAAUCCUGUAGUAGGACCACAGUCCCCCCCCCUUCCCGCUAAGUGAAGCAGCAAGCCGGCCUGAUGGUGGCUCCGUAUGAGGUGGGUGAGCCAGUCCGGUCCUUCGUGCGUGUCCCCACCAAGGAUCUGGCUGCCAAGGCAGUGUGCUGGGACCUUUCUCGGGCUUCCUCACUGGUGGCAGCAUCAGCCCCAGUGAGGCAGCUCCUGCUCCGAGCCCAGCCACAAUCUGCACAGCUCCAGGACUCUGCUGGCUCUAGCCCAAAGCCCAGCAAGGAGCAGCUCCAGGCCCAGCCCAAGCCUGUAGAGCACCAGCCCCAGCCCCAGCCUGGAGACCCUCAGGCCCAGUCUCAGCCUGCAAAGCCCCAGGCCCAACUCCAGCCUGUUGAGCACCAGACUCAGACACAGUCUCAGCCUGUAGAGUCCCAGGCCCAGUCUCAGUCUGUGAAGCCCCAGGCCCAGGCCGUCACUCCUGGUCCCACACCUGCAGCUGGCCGCCAGCAGCAGCUCACAGUCACACCAUGUGAAGCCAAACGCCCUAGGGAAGAGGAUGGGGGGGAAGUGAGCAUGCCACAGCCCGUCCCAAAAGUGGCCAGGAUGGCUGGGUCCACAGGUGCUAACAGCUCUGCACAACCUCCGCAGUGUCAGGACAAAGAGGUCCAGGCACUGCGGCGGCAGUGCCAGUUACUGCAGCAACAGAACAGUAAUCUGCAGCGCCGCCUCAACCUGUUCCAUGGCCUGUUCCAGGACAAGCAGCGCCUGAGAAGCUUUGUGAAGCACCUGGACACUCUGGUGAAGUAAGGCACCAGCAGCAGACAUGGGUCCUCCCUAUGCGAGGACCUUGCCGUGGCUGAUCUUGAUAUCCACUUCCUGCUUCCCCCCCCUCCCCCCCUCGCUGCUACAGGAGAUGGCUGGUGAUGAAGUGUGCCAUGGCCUACAACUCGGGGCUGGCCAGGCACACACAGCGGGAGCUACAAUGGAAGGGCAAAACGUGGCGCUGGCACUCAAGACAAUGGCUUCCUUGAGUCUGCCAUGCCACCUGGCCAGGUCUCACUGCCUGGCAUAUAGGCAUUUCUUUGAAGUUCAAUCACCACCCUGCCUUACCCUUCAUCUGAGACCGUUGUAACAAACUUGCUGUAAUAAUUUUGUAUUUCUGGUCUAAUUUGGAGCCUAAGAGAACCAGAUGAAGGGGGACCACUUGCAACAAAUGAAUAGCAGUGGUUUGGUGGGCUUGUCAGUACAGCAUGAACUUGAACCAGAUGGGUCAUGCUUAUUAUUACCUAACAUUGUGUCUUAAUAGUAACACAAGGAACAUGUCUGCCAUUAGGAAAGCCUGGUAUAUGUCAACUAAGCAUAUUGCUUGAGUUAUCAUGUUUCAUGCUUCAUAGGGCCCUCACUACACACACACACACACACACACACACACACACACACACACACACACACACACACACACACACACACACACACACACACACACACACACACACACACACACACA